AUGGCGACAGGAAAAGCCGACAACAAGGACCUCCAGGCCAACUCACUUUUCGAUGUGUCUCACAUCACAGCCGUCGUGACUGGUGGUGGCACUGGCAUAGGCCUCAUGAUAACACAGGCACUGCAGUCCAAUGGAGCGAAAGUUUACAUUACAGGACGUCGGGAAGACGUGUUGAAGCAGACAGCACAGGUGUACAGUACUGGCCCCGGAAGUAUUCACCCGUUGGUUGGUGAUAUCAGCAAGAAGGAUGAGACCAUCCGCCUGGCCAAGGAGCUUGAGAGUAAGGAGGCCAACGGUAUUCAGUUGCUGGUAAACAAUGCCGGCAUUGCGAGGGACGAUGACACAAAAUUCUCUGCAAAUGGAGAGCCUGACUACAAGGACGCAAAGGCAAUCUCCGAGCACUUCCUGCAGACCAAGGAGGAGCAAUGGGCCGAUACAUUGCGGACAAACGUCGCAGCACAGUACUUUAUGUCCAUGGCUUUCCUGCCGCUCCUCGGUAAGGGCGGUUCCCAGAAGCCCGGAUACUCGUCGCAGAUCGUCAACGUCUCCAGCAUCUCAGGUGCAAUGAAGGGCUCGAGCCGCGGCCAGUUCGCCUACGCCACAUCUAAGGCCGCCUUCACUCACCUCAGCCGUAUGCUGGCAACCACAUUCAAGGAAGUGCCGGUGAGAGUCAAUGUGAUCGCACCGGGGCUGUUCCCAAGCGAGAUGACAGCAGGACCGUCGGGCGAGGACAACAAGAGCCAGCUGGACGCCAAGCCGACGAACCCUGCCGGCAGGACUGGUCAUGACACUGACAUGGGAGCAACAAUAUUGCUCUUGGCUGGAAAGGGAGGCUUGUUCUACAACGGGCAGAUUCUGUACCCUGAUGGCGGUUCGACCUUGAUCAACCCAGCUGUUAACAACUGA